AUGACUUCUCCAGGUCGAUCAGCGAGUACAAUGAACAAGACAUCACCUGGUAAUUCGUAUUCUUCAUCGUCGACGAGUUCGACCAGUAAUCAUACGACAUCUGUUCCUAUCAAUGCCAAUUUGUCAAAUAUUUUGCUAGCGAAUGAGUCAUCCUCGACAUCCACGACAGCAACUACUUCUACAGCAAUGAACAGAAAUGUCUCGGAUUCGGUCGAUCAAUUGGUCGAUGAAAUUACACUCUCUCCAAAGAAGAAGACUGAAGUUGGACUUCACUUGUUGUUGAAUAAAUUGGCCAACAAGGAGGCCAAUGCUGCGUCUUCGUCAGGAACACUCGAUCCUGCCACUGCCCGUGGAAUGAGUAUUAUGAAAAUUUCAACAAGUUCACCCGUCUUGUUUGGUGGUUUGUUGGAAAAUCACUUUCCGAAUGGAACUUCAAUUUCUGUUGGAAGUAUUCCACCCGUUCUUGAGAAAAUGCUUUCGUAUUUGAAACAAGACAGAAUUCAGAGAACUCCGGGAAUUUUCAGAUUGACUGGAUCAUUGGCAGAGAAGGAACGAUUUAUUCAAAUGUUGAAUGAAGCUCAAUCCAAAGGUGGUGAUUUAUCACCUGUUGUCUUUCCAAAUUCGAUUGACCCAAAUAUUGUGUGUAAUUUAUUAGUGGAAUAUUUUAACAAGUUGGAUCGAGCAUUAUUUGAACCUUUUCACAGAUUUGUGGAAAUUAAUGAAAUGACUUCUGACUCGGAACGUGUGACUGCUUUGAAAAAAGUCAUUGAUGAAAUGCAUCCAAUUUAUAGAAAUGUCAUUAGAGAUUUCUUUUAUUUCCUUGUUCAAAUUUUAUUGUACAAGGAAGAGAAUCGUCUCAGUGUCAAAUCAUUGUCUGUAGUGUUAGGACCUGCUCUCCUUCGUGGUAAAUUAAAGGAUGACGAUGAGGCCACCAAAAUUCUGGAUAAUAAUAACAAUAGCAAGAAGAAUGCACCAGUGAAUGCUACCACACUCAUUUCCACUCGUCAAUUGUCACAAAAGAUGGUUGAUUUUUAUGUUCACACUGUUGGACAAGUCAUUGAAAGUUAUCAUUCCGUUUUCGACGAAGACGAAUUGGCUGACUUGCACAAAUUACAUCACAAGAAACCCAAAAAAGCAGACCCUUCCAAUCCCAACAAGACACUCGAUGCAUUCAUUCAAAAAUUGCAAGAACACAAACAACGAGCUGGAAGUACCAUGACGAAUGUGAAACGUCACGGAGAGUCCACAACUUUUUCUGCUUCCGAUGGCUUUUCAGGAAGCACACCUAGAGAACCAAAAAAGCCAACGACCAAGAAUGACGAAGAAUGGGAAAAUAUUCAAAAAUCAUGGAUGCAAUUUGUUGAAAGUUGGAAAAAGAAGUAUAGUGACGAAAAACAAGCGCAUGAAGACACUGCAGAAGCUGUAAAAAUUACAAAACAAGAAAUUGAAUUUGAAAAGAAACAAAUGAAGGAAGAAUUGAACAAGAUGAGAGAUCAACUCGACGAAAAGAAACGUUUCAUUCUGCAAAAAAGAUCCGAAUGGGAACUUCAAAAAGAACAACUUCAACUCAAUUGGGAAAACGAAAAGAUCGAUCUCGAAAAGGAAAAAUCUCUUCGAUCCAAAGAAAUUCAAGAGAGUCGUGAACAAUUCAAGCAAACACUUGAAUAUUACAAUGUUAAAAAUUUCCAAAUCGAUUCCAUUAUGGGCGAUGAAGAAGAUGAUGAAAUUUCAAAAACAGCCACCAAAGGAGAACAUUCUGGAGAUGCUACUAGCGAAAGCACAACCUCACCAGCUACGAAUCGAAGCGGUGCCUCUCGUUCCGUCAUUGGAGGUCAGAAAAUUUCUGUGGAUUCACGUUUCAAAAAGAAACUUUCCGAUGCCUCCGCUUCCGAUAAACACAAAAAGAAGCAUGACGAUGAUGAAGAUUCGGAUAGUGACGAUGCCAGUGACGAUGAUACCACCACGACAAAUACGACGACAACAACUACUUCGACGACCACUCGAAAAAGUAAUGCUCUCUUCACCGAUCUCGAAGACAAGACUCCACAAUCCUCACUCGGAAAUGCCUCUCCCUCUAAGAACAUCUUCCUUCCAAAAGACAAAACUUCUCACUCGUCGUCUGAAGAGGACAAUGACGAUCCAGCUCACACCAAACGUUGUGCAGCUUGUAAAAAGAAAAUUACAGGAGAAUAUAUGGAAACUUCGGAUGGAUAUUACCACAAACCAUGCUUUAGUUGCUGCAAUUGCUCGAAAGAAAUUACAGGUCCUUUUGCUACAGUGGCUGGAAAAUUCUGGUGUGCCACAUGUAUUCAAAACAAGAACAAGCAUGUCAAGUAUCAAACCAAAGAUGAAAAUGCAGAGAAGAAACCAACCAAACCCACUGCUGCAGCUAGUGGAGAGUUGGAAUGUUCUGCCUGUAAAGAGAAAAUCCUCAAUAAGGCAGACAUGGUUAAGGCACUCGGAAAAUGUUUUCACAAACAAUGUUUCUUGUGCCAGAGAUGCGGCAAUGAAUUUGAGAAUAUGAAAUUUUAUGACUUGAUGGGUGACCCAGUUUGUGCAAAUUGUAAACGAAAAUCGAUCAAAUCCAAAGUGACGAAAUAA